GCGGCCGCUGACCGCGCUCCCGUGCGUCCCGCAGGCGGGGAGCCCGCGCCGCCGCGCCCCGGCCGCCGGCGAUGAUCACCUAGGAGGCUGGCGCGGGCGGGCGCGAGCGACGGAGCAGCCGGGCGCGGCGACACGCGGCCAUGGAGCGGGAGCCGGCGGCGGCGGCCGAGGAGCCCGGGCCCCCGGGACGGCGGCGGCGCCGGGAGGGCCGGACGCGCACCGUAUGCUCCAACCUGCAGCCGCCUCCGGGCGCCGAGGAGCCGGCGGGCAAGGGCGCGCCGCGGCGCCGGCUGCGCGGGGGCGCCCAGCACCUGGCGGACAACCGGCUCAAGACCACCAAGUACACUCCGCUGUCCUUCCUGCCCAAGAACCUGUUCGAGCAGUUCCACCGUCUGGCCAACGUGUACUUCGUGUUCAUCGCGCUGCUCAACUUCGUGCCCGCGGUGAACGCCUUCCAGCCCGGCCUGGCGCUGGCGCCCGUGCUCUUCAUCCUGGCGGUCACGGCCUUCAAGGACCUGUGGGAGGACUACAGCCGCCACCGCUCCGACCACGAGAUCAACCACCUGGGAUGCCUCGUCUUCAGCAGGGAGGAGAAGCAGUACGUGAACCGGUUCUGGAAAGAGAUCCGCGUGGGAGACUUCGUGCGCCUCCGCUGCAAUGAGACCAUCCCCGCAGACAUCCUGCUGCUGUCCUCCAGCGACCCCGAUGGGCUGUGCCACAUCGAGACGGCCAACCUGGACGGGGAGACCAACCUGAAGCGGCGCCAGGUGGUCCGAGGCUUCUCUGAGCUCGUCUCGGAAUUCAAUCCUUUGACGUUCACCAGCAUAAUCGAGUGUGAGAAGCCCAACAACGACCUGAGUAGGUUCCGUGGGUGCAUCAUACAUGACAAUGGCAAAAAGGCUGGGCUCUACAAAGAAAAUCUGCUGCUUCGAGGCUGCACCCUCCGAAACACGGAAGCCGUCGUCGGUAUUGUCAUCUAUGCAGGACACGAGACCAAGGCUCUGCUGAACAACAGUGGCCCCCGCUACAAGCGCAGCCAGCUGGAGAGGCAGAUGAACUGCGACGUGCUCUGGUGUGUCCUCCUCCUCAUCUGCAUGUCUCUGUUCUCAGCCAUCGGACACGGACUGUGGGUGCAGCGCUAUCAAGAGAAGAAAUCAUUAUUUGAUGUCCCUGAGUCUGAUGGCACCUCAUUAUCCCCAGUCCCAGCUGCAGUUUACUCGUUUUUGACAAUGAUAAUAGUUUUGCAGCCUCUUGCCUCUGCUCUGUACUGUACAAGAUCACAGAGACUGUCCUCCAGCACAGAACCCGCCUCUGAAAAGACUGUCUCUCCUGAACGGUGGGGUGUGUCUGCGGCACGGGCAGCUCCUGCCAUCGGGAGCCCCGGCUCAGCCUGGGUUUUGAUCCCUAUUUCCUUGUACGUUUCUAUUGAAAUUGUUAAAGUGUGCCAAGUGUACUUCAUUAACCAGGAUAUAGAACUAUACGACGAGGAAACAGACUCGCAACUACAGUGCCGAGCUCUGAACAUCACGGAAGACCUAGGGCAGAUACAGUAUAUCUUCUCAGACAAAACGGGCACUUUAACUGAGAAUAAGAUGGUCUUCCGAAGAUGCACUGUGUCUGGCAUAGAGUAUUCUCAUGAUGCAAAUGCCCAGCGUCUGGCCAGGUACCAGGAGGCAGAUUCAGAGGAGGAGGAGGUGGUCCCCAGGGGGGGCUCGCUGCCCCUGCGAGGGGGCGCCGGGGGCCACCAGACCCAGAGCAGCAGGGCGCACCGGCGCACGGGCAGCCGCGCAGAGGCCCGGCGCGUCAGCAUGCUGACUGAGCUCACGGCCUUCAGCAGCCCCAUGGAGAAGGACGUAACACCCGACCCGAAGCUGCUGGAGAAGGUGCAUGAGUGCGGCAGGUGCCUGGCCUCUGCGAGGCACCAGGAGCACCCGCUGGACCACCUCUCGCCCGAGCUGUCUGACGUUUUCGACUUCUUCAUUGCACUCACCAUCUGCAACACAGUGGUGGUCACGUCCCCGGAUCAGCCACGACAAAAGGUGAGGGUGCGCUUCGAGCUCAAGUCCCCGGUGAAGACCAUCGAAGAUUUCCUCCGGAAGUUCACACCCAGUCGCCUGACUUUGGGCGGCAGCAGCGUCGGGAGCGCGAGCGUGGCUGCCAAGUCUGCGCCCAAGGCCGGCCUCCUGUCCACGCUGGCCAACGACGGCACGCUGCUCAGGCUGGAGGAGAGGCUGGGCGUCGGGGCCCCACACCUCGCCAGCAAUGGCUACAGCAGCGCGGCGGACGGCUGGACCGCAGACCACUCCACGACGGGGUCGGAGCCCAGGCCGGAGCUGCGCUACGAGGCCGAGAGUCCAGACGAGGCGGCACUCGUGCACGCUGCCCGCGCCUACAGCUGCGCCCUCGUGGGCCGGCUGCACGACCAGGUGUCGGUGGAGCUGCCGCACCUCGGCAGGCUCACCUUCGAGCUCCUGCACACGCUGGGCUUCGACUCCAUCCGCAAGAGGAUGUCGGUGGUGAUCAGGCACCCCCUCACGGACGAGAUCAACGUGUACACCAAGGGCGCCGACUCGGUGGUCAUGGACCUCCUGCUGCCCUGCUCCACAGAUGACGCCAGAGGAAGGCAUCAAAUGAAGAUCCGCAGCGAGACCCAGAAUUACCUCAACUUGUAUGCGGUGGAGGGCCUGCGAACCCUGUGCAUUGCCAAAAGGGUUCUGAGUAAGGAAGAGUAUGCCUGUUGGCUGCAGAGCCACUUGGAAGCAGAAUCCGCCCUGGACAACCGGGAGGAGCUCCUCUUUCAGUCUGCCAUUCGCCUGGAGACGAAUCUGCAUUUGUUGGGUGCCACGGGGAUUGAAGACCGCCUGCAGGAUGGAGUCCCCGAAACCAUUGCUAAACUGCGUCAAGCAGGUCUGCAGAUUUGGGUUCUCACCGGCGACAAACAGGAAACGGCCAUUAACAUUGCUCAUGCCUGCAAACUUCUGGACCAUGAUGAGGAAGUCAUCACCCUGAAUGCCGAAUCCCAGGAGGCGUGCGAGGCCCUGCUGGACCAGUGCCUGCGCUACGUGCAGUCCUGCAGCCCCCAGAGGACCGCUGGCAGCCUCAGCGUGGGCUUCGCCCCGCUCUGUCCACCCUCCGAAGCCACCGCCUCUGGCCCCAGCCUCGUGAUCGAUGGGAGAAGUCUGGCCUACGCCCUCCAGAAGAACCUGGAGGACAAAUUCCUCUUCCUCGCUAAGCAGUGCCGAUCUGUCCUUUGCUGUCGCUCAACCCCCCUGCAGAAGAGCAUGGUGGUGAAACUGGUCAGGAGCAAGCUCAAGGCCAUGACCCUGGCCAUAGGAGACGGAGCCAAUGAUGUCAGCAUGAUCCAGGUGGCAGAUGUGGGCGUGGGAAUCUCAGGCCAGGAGGGCAUGCAGGCAGUGAUGGCCAGCGACUUCGCGGUGCCGAAGUUCCGAUACCUCGAGAGACUCUUGAUUGUUCACGGACAUUGGUGCUAUUCCCGGCUUGCCAACAUGGUGCUGUACUUCUUCUACAAAAACACAAUGUUCGUCGGCCUCCUGUUCUGGUUCCAGUUCUACUGCGGCUUCUCCGCGUCCGCCAUGAUUGACCAGUGGUACCUGAUCUUCUUUAACCUGCUCUUCUCGUCGCUCCCCCAGCUCGUGACUGGGGUGCUGGACAAGGACGUGCCGGCCGACGUGCUGCUGGCCGAGCCGCAGCUCUACCGCAGCGGCCAGAACAUGGAGGAAUACCGGCCUCGCACGUUCUGGCUGAACAUGGCCGAUGCUGCCUUCCAGAGCCUCGUGUGCUUUUUCAUUCCCUACCUGGCCUACUACGACUCCGACACAGACAUCUUCACCUGGGGCACCCCCAUCACUGCCAUCGCCCUGUUCACCUUCCUCCUGCACCUGGGCAUCGAGACCAAGACCUGGACCUGGCUCAACUGGACGGCUUGUGGCUUCAGUGUGGUGUUAUUUUUCACCGUGGCUUUGAUUUACAACGCUUCCUGCGCGACGUGCUACCCUCCCUCCAACCCCUACUGGACCAUGCAGGCGUUGAUGGGCGACCCCGUGUUUUACUGCAUUUGUCUGCUCGCGCCCGUGGCUGCUCUGCUGCCCAGGUUGUUUUUCAAAGCCCUGCAGGGGACCCUUUUCCCUACCCCGCUGCAGCUGGGACGCCAGUUAGCCAAGCAGUCCCCCGGGAAAUUCAGGGCUCCCGGAGAGACCUCUGCUCAGGGGCACAUCCCGGGAGAAGCAAGGACGGAGCCACCGGGACAGAGGAGCAUCAGCGCCGCGCGGUCCGUCUCCCAGGACUGCAGCUCACGGGUGUCCCGGGGCGCGCGGCAGCCGGCCUGCUCCCCCGAGGCUGGCGGGGAGCCCAGCGCGGUGGACGUGGGCGUGCUGCGGAGGGAGGGCACCCUGCCGGACGGGCUGGGCAGCCAGCCCUCUCGGUCCUCCUCGCCGGGGCCGGUGGCCGUGGAGGGCUGUCCGGGAGGCUCCAGGAUGAAACCUGUGAGCUCCAGCCGGCCAGCCCCCUUGCCGUCCGUCUUCAGCGUGCCCGGCCUCAGCUCCCUCAACUGGAUGUCCUCGCUGUCCCUGGUCGGCGGGCUAGGCAGUGUCCUACAGUUCUCCCGGAGCGGUCUGCACAUGGACAAGCGCGACGGCGACUUCCUGCCCGGCUCCGCGCCGCCGGACCGGGACCUGUGUGGCUUGAGUGGGCAGACCACAGACUGCUUCUAGGACCCCCUUCCAAGAAGCGCGGCUGGCAGUGCAGAGUGAAAACCUUGAAAUGCCCCCCCCCCUUUUUUUUUGAAAGAUGUAAUAUUAUUUAUGUUUAUUAUUUGCACAGAGUUCUAGUGAGGUAUAUUUUAUGUAUUUCCGAGGCUGACACAGGAAAUGAAAGGUACUGAAAAAAGAAAGUUUAUUUUUUAAAAAUUUUAAGUAGAGUAUAUUGAAAAGAAAAAUAAGAGCUUUAUCUUAUAUAAAAGUUUAAAGAAGAGUGACACUUGAAAAGGUGUGCUUAGAUUUAUUUUUUCAUCUCAUUUUAUUAAAGAAAAUGCAGUCUGUUUGGUUUGCUUCAGUAUGUGUGACCUUUGCUUUCCCUGAGGGUAAGCACAGGGAACCCCCAGCGAGUGUGGAUGGGGUCAGGGGAGGUGAUGGGCACACACGUGGCUUUGGCGGAGAUCCUCACUGUCUGUCUGUCAGUCCCACCACUAGGGGGGUUGGGUCUCUGCUUCACCAGGAAAGGGAAAUUGAGAACUCUGGGAAAGCAGACACACACAAAAUUCAUUCCAACGUUCAUUUCUAUGCAGGCAUUUGGUAAAGAUCACCUGUACGUAUUAUAAUUCCUAUGUAGGUUCUUGCCUGUUAAAAUCAUAACAAGCAAUAAACAGCCUUCACUUUGCAAAGA